ACCAUUUUGUCCUAGUUCAAAACCCCUUUUCAUUCUCUCAAAUCUUACUUUGUGGGCUCAAAUAUUUGGCGCCUAAAUUUGAAUUAGACAACUGAAAUAACCACUCAGUAACGUUAAAUUUCUCUAUUAAGCAGUUUUCACGUUCCAUUUCAUGUCAUCUUCAAUCACAGUAGACAUCAUUUUACGAAUCUCAAUCACCCUACACAUUUUGUUAGGUAGCUAGUGGAGAAUUGAAUCAUGUCCUGGGAGGAGGCCAAAAUUCGAGAGGAAUUACAAAUGGAAGUGGAAAGAGAGCUGGAAGAAGAAAUCAAGGAAGGAAUUUGUCACCUGGCUUUUAGGCUGCAGAGACUAUAUCAGCAGCAGCAGAAAGAGAGGAAGGCAAGAGGUAUUAAUAACACUUCCAAAAUUCUUUCAGAGGUAAGCAUUAGUAUCAAACUGGAAGGCGGGACUAAGAUCGAAAUCAAGGAGAUUAAGAAACAAUUACCGCCCGAAAAUCGCGUUAUUCGGACUACUCCUAAAGUUGAUUAUCAAAUGGCUCAUGUGCAACGAAUUAUGGCUUGUCGACCUCCUCCCCAUAGAAAGAAAUUUGACUGGGCUAAUAGCCUACGAUCAGAACCAAGUGCUAAAAAAGUUCAUUCUUCUUCUAUGAGUAAUGGGCUUGAUGCUAAAAGUAAAAUAAAUGCUUGGAAGCAGAACAACUAGAAGUGAUGGAGAGACUAAUAUGGCCGCUGUGGUCCGAUCUUCAUUGCACUUGAUGAGACUGUAUUUUGUUUUAUUAGUACUUGUUCCUGUGUAACACAUUCAAAAGCCUUUUUUUUUCCUUUAAAAAUAAACCUUUUUGUAUAGCUAGUUUCUCGAAUAAUGACGCGGUGACGAACUUGAUUGCAAAAUAAACAUUUUGCACCAAUGCCAAGUCGCCGGAUUAUUUGGUCAUCAGCCAGCAGCGGUAUGGCAAUAUUGCAAUGUCCUUAGGAUGAUUUUUUUCACAAAAACAAACUUUGGUACUUCCUCCGUCC